CAGCGAGAGAUCUCUCUUAUUGGAUCAUAUCAUGGCAGCCGCAACAACUACAAAAGCACCCGUCAAUAAACGAUUACAACGACGUCAGAAAGAAGAAGAAGAAAUUGAAGCUAUCGAACGCAAAGCUGCUGCACCCGAAUCUUACAAAGAUGUGAAAUACUUUGACGAUUUGCCCAUUUCUCCCAAAACCCGAAAUGGAUUGAAAAAGACCAGCUUCAGACAGUUGACGGUCAUUCAGAAAAAGGCCAUUCCUUUGGCAUUGGCCAAACGGGAUGUGUUGGGUGCCGCCAAAACAGGCAGUGGCAAGACAUUGGCCUUCUUGGUUCCCUUAUUGGAGAUUCUGUAUAGAGCACGUUGGAAUGCUGCGGAUGGAUUAGGCGCCCUGAUCAUUUCACCUACUCGUGAAUUGGCCGUCCAGAUCUUCGAAGUGCUGACAAAGAUUGGUAAAUCGCAUGUGUUCUCAGCUGGCUUAAUUAUCGGCGGCAAGGAUUUCCGUAUCGAACAAGAACGUAUCAGUCGUAUGAAUAUCCUUGUUGCUACACCUGGUCGUUUAUUGCAACACAUGGAUCAGUCCGUCGGUUUCAACUGUGACAAUCUUCAGCUUCUUGUUCUUGAUGAAGCGGAUCGUAUCAUGGAUAUGGGUUUUCAGAAAACUGUGAAUGCAAUCAUUGAAAAUUUGCCGCCUCAACGUCAAACCUUGUUAUUCUCUGCUACACAAACUCGUUCGGUCAAGGAUUUGGCACGACUCAGUUUGAAGGAUCCCGAAUACGUCGCUGUUCAUGAAAAGUCGGAACACAGCACGCCUCACAAUUUGACCCAGCAUUACACUGUUUGCGAACUGCCCAAAAAGUUGGAUAUUCUGUAUUCAUUUGUCAAAUCUCACCUUAAAAGCAAGACCAUCGUCUUUAUGUCCAGCUGUAAGCAAACUCGUUUUGUAUACGAAACCUUUUGUAAACUGCAACCCGGUAUUUCGAUCCUCCAUUUGCACGGCAAGCAAAAGCAGACGAAACGAGUCGAGAUUUUCCGCAAGUUCACUUCGACUCAGCAUGCUGUCUUGUUGAGUACAGACGUGUCUGCACGAGGUCUCGAUUUCCCUGCUGUGGAUUGGGUCAUCCAGUUGGACUGCCCUGAAGAUGCCGAAACUUAUAUCCAUCGUGUUGGUCGAACUGCCCGUUUCGAUGCUCAAGGUCAUGCUCUCAUGCUCCUUUUACCAACCGAAAAAGAUGCCAUGGUGGAAGAACUGACCAAGAAGCGUGUUCCCAUCGAAGAAAUUAAAAUCCGAUCAACCAAGCAACAAUCCAUUCAGAAACAAUUGCAGAGCUUCUGUUUCAAAGACCCUGAAAUCAAAUACCUAGGACAACGUGCUUUUGUCGCUUACAUGCGUUCCGUGUAUCUCCAAAAGAAUAAGAAAAUCUUCAAGGCAGCUGAGCUGCCUGCUGAAGAGUUUGCGCACUCUCUCGGUUUGGCUGGUGCUCCCAAGAUCAAGUUCAUCAAAAAAGCCGAAAAGGUGUCAUAUAAUAACCAGACAGCGCCCGCUUUAUCUGACGAUGAAGAGGAGGAGGAAUCCGAUAAAGAGGAAGAAGUCAAGAGCACACCCGCGGUCAAGACAAAGUAUGAUCGCAUGUUCCAGCGUAAAAAUCAAGAUAUCCUUUCCGAGCAUUAUAACAAGCUGGUGGAUUACGAUGCGGAUGCGGUGAACAAUGACGAUGAUGACUUUAUGCAGCUGACACGUGUGGAUCAUGAGCUGGAAAGCGAACCGGAGGAAGACCUCAAGGAACUGACGGCAGAGAAUCUUUCCAAGCGUCAAGCCAAGAUGAGCAAGAAAGAGCGAGCCAAGAGAAUGGCCAAGGGUGAAAAACUGAUCUUUGACGAAGAAGGAAAUCCUCAUCAAUUAUACGAAAUGAUCGAUGAAGCCGAGUUCUUGAAGGCCGGUGAUGCUAAAUCGCAACGCGAAACGUUUAUCAGUGAGACAGGAGAGCAAAUGAAGAUUGCCGAUGUUGAGGACAAGCUCACGGCAAAGGAGAAGAAAAAGGAGAAGAAGAUGAAGAAGAAGUUACGAGAAUUAGAGGAGAAACGUCGUGAGCAAGCGGCGAUGGGUAUGGCUGUGUCGGACGACGAAGACUUUGAAAGCGAGGAAGCCAGUGAGGAAGAAGAACAGGAUGAAGAGUCCGGCAAGCGAAAAUGGUAUCAGAGCGAGGCGAUGGACAGUGACGAAGAAGUCAACAAAAAGCCCAAGGUGCUUGAAGUGGAAGAACCAGAAACGUUACAAGACCAAGAAGCGCUUGCGCUCAAGUUGUUGGGUCUCUAGAGAAGUUCUCUGCUGUAUCAUCACUCUAAAAACUAGCAAUACUUGCAUCAUCUAUUUAAUCAGAAAAAUUUGCAUAUCCUCAAUGAAAUUUGAAUCCAU